UUCCCAGAAGUAUGUCCCAUUCAGCUUGUACUUUGGAACGAUUGAUUAGCCCUGACACUUGCACAAUCUCCUAACAAAGGUCACGCAGAACCUGAACACUGUCAUGGCAGAAUCCCCGGCUCUCAUCAGCAUCUUCCUUUUGGGCUAUCUACUCAGUACCGAAUGUGCAGUUUUCCUUGAUCGUGAAAAUGCCACCAAAAUUCUUACCCGUCCAAAGAGAUAUAAUUCAGGAAAAUUGGAAGAGUUUGUUCGAGGAAACCUUGAAAGAGAGUGUAUAGAAGAAAGAUGUAGUUUUGAAGAAGCACGAGAAGUUUUUGAAAACACUGAAGAAACCACUGAAUUUUGGAAGCAGUAUAUUGAUGGAGAUCAGUGUGAAUCAAAUCCUUGUUUAAAUGGUGGAAUAUGCAAGGAUGAUAUUAGUUCCUAUGAAUGUUGGUGCCAAGUUGGAUUUGAAGGAAGGAACUGUGAAUUAGAUGCAACGUGUAACAUUAAAAAUGGCAGGUGCAAGCAGUUUUGUAAAAACAGUCCUGAUAACAAGGUACUUUGUUCCUGCACUGAGGGAUACCAACUUGCAGAAGACCAGAAGUCCUGUGAACCAGCAGUUCCAUUUCCAUGUGGGAGAGUUUCUGUCUCAUACAAUUCUAAAAAGAUCACCAGAGCGGAGACUGUUUUCUCUAAUAUGGACUAUGGAAAUUCUACUGAAGCUGAAUUCAUUCUGGAUGACAUCACUGAUGGUGCCAUUCUUAAUAAUGUCACUGAAAGUAGUGAAUCACUUAAUGACUUCACUCGAGUUGUUGGUGGAGAAAAUGCAAAACCGGGUCAAAUCCCUUGGCAGGUAAUUUUAAAUGGUGAAAUUGAAGCAUUCUGUGGAGGUGCCAUCAUUAAUGAAAAAUGGAUUGUAACUGCUGCCCACUGCCUUAAACCUGGGGAUAAAAUUGAGGUUGUUGCUGGUGAAUAUAACAUUGAUAAGAAGGAAGACACAGAACAAAGGAGAAAUGUGAUUCGAACUAUCCCUCAUCACCAGUACAAUGCAACGAUUAAUAAGUAUAGUCAUGACAUUGCCUUGCUGGAACUGGAUAAACCUUUAAUACUAAACAGCUAUGUAACACCUAUCUGUGUUGCCAAUAGGGAAUAUACAAAUAUCUUCCUCAAGUUUGGUUCUGGCUAUGUGAGUGGCUGGGGAAAAGUCUUCAACAAAGGGAGACAGGCUUCCAUUCUUCAGUACCUUAAAGUUCCACUGGUGGACCGAGCCACAUGCCUUAGGUCCACAACAUUCACCAUCUAUAACAACAUGUUCUGUGCAGGCUACCGUGAAGGAGGCAAAGAUUCAUGUGAAGGAGAUAGUGGGGGACCCCAUGUUACUGAAGUAGAAGGGACAAGUUUCCUAACUGGCAUUAUUAGCUGGGGCGAAGAAUGUGCAAUGAAAGGCAAAUAUGGAAUAUAUACUAAGGUUUCCCGGUAUGUCAACUGGAUUAAGGAAAAAACAAAACUAACUUAAUUAAAGACCUAUUUCCAAAGGCAAUUCACUGGAAUUGAAAAUGGGUAAUGCCUUUUACAGACAAGUUUCUACCUUUUGUUAAAUUUAAAUAUAUAAGUUCUACAAAUACUGAUUUUUCUCUAUAUAUGGGACAAUCCCAUCUGGGAUCUAUAUUGUUCUAGAGUAAGUAGGUUAGCAAAUAUAAUCACUAGAGAAAUAGUUUAGUAAGAGAUUCACCAUUUCUGUAAACCCAGCUCUUGAUAAAGUUAGAAAGUGAAGCUUUCCGUGUUGCCCAUAAAGCACAAUGUUCCUUGAUACAGAGAUAUACCCAAUUCUCCCUCCUUGGCAGCAGUUCAUGUUUUAGCUCUUCCUUGCUACUCUCAAUUUUAUUAGUUUUCUAUCCAGAAUCUUUAACCCAUUUAUGGCCAGAAGAAUACAAGAGCAAGUGACAAAUUAAAACUCAUCAAAAGCAUGACUUCCUCUCCUGAUUUUAUUGAAUCUUGUAUCUUUUUCAACUCCCAAUCCACAAAUCACUGGCCCCUCCAACAUUCUCACUUUCCCUUUCUCCAUCACCACUGAAGGAGGAAGCGAUAUGUGUGCCAGGACAGCCUAGGUACACAGAGAAACCCUGUCUUGAAAGAAGAGAGAGAGAGAGAGAGAGAGAGAGAGAGAGAGAGAGAGAGAGA